CUAAACCCACUAAGGUUCAAAGUCUCUGAUGCCACGGAUUCUGAGGGGAAGACACACGACCCCGACCCCGACCCCUUCUGCCUGUCUUCCGUCUUCCCUUCUCUUUUCUUCUUCUUCUUCUUCUUCUUCUUCUUCUUCUUCUUCUUCUUUCAUCUUUUCGCUUUCCUUUACCCUUUCCCUCAUUAAAUACAACAUAUUACCACGUUUUCGGUCUCAUAUCCCUUAUUUUCUCUUUUCUCUUUCUUUCCUUUUUCCCGGCAACAAGAGCUCAGAGUUUCGAUUAUAAUCCCUCAACCCAAGUUCCUGUUCUGGAUUUUGCUUCCUCAGCCCCCUUUUCUUGAAUUGAAAAGUAUUCCUGCUUUAGACCCCAAAGACAAUUUUGUUAAUCUUGCCCUUUCCCUUGAAUUUUCCCAACUUCUACUUCAUGUAGGAUUUUCUCUCUCUCCAACCAAACAAGAAAACCCCCUUCCCAAUGAUUCUCAAGGCUAUCCGCAAUCUGGUUCUCCUUUUCUUCUUCAUCGGCGCCUUCCUAACCGCCGCCGAAGUUCAGAACCCCAACAAUCUCAAUUCCAGUGGCUCUGUUCUCGCCGGCAUCGAAUUGCCGGACCAUGCUAGCUUCAAUGCUGUCUCCUCCUCCGCAACUACUGGAUGCGGCCUUCCUUCUUUUACGAAACCCAGAACAUCACAAGCAACGACCCAAUCGUUAACUACAGAAGAACAGCGAGGCGAUGACGACGACGACGUUGUUGAUAUGCUUAAACCGCGCGAACAUGCGCUGAAGCUCCACCUGAAGCAUCGAUCGGUAAGCCCAGAAACAGAGGGCAAAGAAUCCGUAAUUGAUUCCACAGCCAGAGACUUCACUAGAAUCGACACUCUGCAUACGAGGAUCACAGAGAAGAAGAACCAAAACACCAUUUCAAGGCUAAAGAAAGGUACCAGCGCCGCAGCGCCACCGGACCAACAAAUUAGGCCGGCGGUGGCUCCCGUAGCGCCGCCGGGGUCGCACGCCGGGGGCUUUUCCGGCCAGCUCAUGGCAACUCUGGAAUCUGGAGUCAGCCUUGGUUCCGGAGAGUACUUCAUGGACGUUUUUGUGGGUACUCCUCCGAAGCACUUCUCCUUAAUUCUCGAUACCGGCAGCGAUCUCAACUGGCUUCAAUGCCUGCCCUGCCACGAUUGUUUUGAGCAAAGGGGACCCUUUUACGAUCCCAAAGACUCGAGUUCGUUUAUGAACAUUAGCUGCGGCGACCACCGGUGCAAACUGGUUUCGUCGCCGGAUCCGCCGGUGCCGUGUAGAGCUGCGGACCAGAGCUGCCCUUACUACUACUGGUACGGCGACAGCUCCAACACGACCGGCGAUUUUGCGCUAGAAACCUUCACGGUCAACCUCACGACGCCGGCGGGUGAGCCAGAAUUCCGGCAGGUGGAGAACGUAAUGUUCGGGUGCGGCCACUGGAAUAGAGGCCUCUUUCACGGGGCUGCCGGAUUGUUAGGACUCGGGAGGGGGCCUCUGUCCUUCUCCUCUCAGCUUCAGUCGCUUUACGGCCAUUCCUUCUCCUACUGCCUUGUGGAUCGGAAUAGCAACACCAGUGUAAGCAGCAAGUUGAUUUUUGGGGAGGACAAGAAGUUGUUGAGCCACCCGGAUCUGAAUUUCACAUCGUUGGGCGCCGGAAAAGAGAACCCAGUCGAUACAUUUUACUACGUUCAGAUACAGUCGAUUCUCGUCGGAGGAGAGGUUCUGGACAUACCGGAGGAGACUUGGCAGCCGACGCCGGCGGGAGCAGGUGGGACGAUCGUUGAUUCGGGAACCACUCUGAGUUAUUUUGCAGAGCCGGGGUACCAGAAAAUAAAGGAAGCAUUUGUGAGGAAGGUGAAAGAUUACCCAAUCAUCGAGGAUUUUCCGGUUCUGGAACCGUGUUACAAUGUAUCUGGAGUUGAGAAUCCUAUUCUGCCGGAGUUCGGGAUCCGAUUUCGCGACGGAGCAGUGUGGAAUUUCCCGGUGGAGAAUUAUUUCAUCAAGCUGGAGCCGGACGAGGUGGUGUGCUUGGCGAUUUCGGGAACUCCGCGCUCUGGGCUGUCCAUAAUUGGGAAUUAUCAGCAGCAGAAUUUUCAUAUUCUGUAUGAUACAAAGAAGUCUAGGCUGGGAUUUGCACCCAGGAACUGUGCUGAUGUUUAGUGUUUGGAUGGCAGGACUAGGAGGGAAAAUGCGAGAAAAUUGUAAACAUGUCGGCCACUUCUUGGGGAAGAUUUUCAUUUUACAUUUUCGUAGGGAAAAAAAAAAAGGAAAAAGGUAACAAUACAUGGGAUUAGAUUCAUUUUUUUUCUUUUGUUUAAAUAAUCUUGUUUUGAUGGUUCACUUUGGAUGUCCAGUUUAUACUUCUUCAUUUGGACUUGAAGUUUUUGGUCCAAAAGAAAGUGUUAAUUAAGCUUCUCAGAAUCUUUAAUUUCAGCA